AUGGCUGUGAAAACUGCGAACCAGAAGGACGUCGCAUUGCCGAGACUCAGGCUUCGCAAAGCACACCGGAAAUCUCGGAAUGGCUGUCGCAACUGCAAACUACGCCGGGUAAAGUGUGACGAGGUCCAGCCCGCCUGUCGGCGAUGUAGUGCCUAUGGCGUCUUAUGCAACUAUGGCUCCGACGCCCCCGAUCUACAAAUGGCCCGCGAGAUGGAAGAUCCGGCGGUGAUCAGCGCCGAUGCUACGACCACGCUAGAAUUGACCCGAGAAGGCAGAGACCAUCUGAUCUCGUUCGAGAAAUCUGGGACCCUUUUAACGAUUGCCACCGUCCACCACAAGGAGCUGUUGCAGUUAGCGUGCCUAAAUCCCUAUCUCAUGCAUGUAGUCUUGGCCAUUGCCGCUACGCAUAACCGGCUCCGGGGCACACCGACUCCAAGAGGCCCCAGCACAUUCGAGAGUUACCACGUCUCCCAGUGCGCGGCCCUGCUGAGUCGCAAAUUAUCACAACCUCUACAACCAGAGGACCGCGACCCACUCUGGAUGACGUCCACUUUACUAGGCAUAAUCUCCACAUCGAGCAUCCCCUCUCUAACACCUCAGGAAGUCUGGCCGCUGAAGUCGUCCUACACGUCCGACCUGGAAUGGCUGCGUAUGGCCGAGGGCAAAAUGGCGGUCUGGAGGCUCGCAGAUCCCCUACGUCCGAAUGGUCUCUUCCGCGACAUGGCCGAUGAAUACGCACAGAUGUAUGACAGCCCUUUGUGCACGGAGAUUGAUCGAGUUCCGUUGGCCCUGGCGCGGAUUUGCGGUAUAACCCCGUCCUCAUCCCCAAACACCAAUCCGUACUUUACCGCUGUGCAUACCCUUGCCCCAGUGCUUGGUGAGUAUCCUGGUCAACCGUCAAGGGCACGUAUUCUGUCAUUUACGAGCCGAAUGGACCGUCCGUUCAAGUCAUUGUUGCAUGCAAGGGACCCAGUCGCAUUACUGCUUUUGUCUCUGUGGUACAUCAAAGCUGGGGAUGUGGUAUGGUGGCUCCGGCUUCGCGCCAGAGUCGAAUACCAGUCGAUAUGUAUCUAUCUUCGACGGUAUCACGCGGAUAGGUGGGAUAUCUUAGACCUGUUGUCCUGCGGCGUGAAGCAGAGUGCAGCACUGCAUGACAUCCUUUCCCCGUCUCAGCCCAGAUCUUCAUGUUCCUUUCCUAGUAUAUCCACUCCCGUCUAG